CCACUGGUCCACAGAUACGUACAUCUCAGGAUCCUCCUUACGGGAACUUGUAUCAAUGUGAAUUUAUGCACAGAAAUUCGUACAGUCAUUAGAACAGACGGAAGAAACGUCUGAAUGCAGUGCGGAACCAGAGCAUGACACCAGUGAUAAGCCGAGUGAAACAAAGACGAAGAACAAGCAUAUAAAAAUGUCAAGUUCUCUGGUCACGGGCAGAUCGGUUCAAUAUUCUCAUCACGUCUCUGACCUUACAUAGAGUAAGGGUCAGUAACAAGCCAUAAGAUCCAAGUAUGCGACAAGCUGCAGAGAUUAUGCCUGGCAGAGAGUGAAAUAUAGCGAUUGCAGCAGUUCACACGCUUCCAGCGCUGGCCGCGAGGAGCAUUUGGAUGGCGUGCUAUUGUUGCAGUUUCGUGUGCCAAACCAUCCCGACAAACACAACUGUCACCGCUGACGCAUGGCCGGCCGUUCCUACGUGUCUCUUUCUGACCAGAUCAAAGGUCAGCCUUCUUGUCCCCGACACAUUGCUUCCAGCAGAGAAAUCAGAAGCGAGACCAGUCGCAAGUGCGUGCUGCUCGAUCUGUCAGCUCCGCCAUCAAGUGGUAACUGUGCCUUUGUUCGGUUUAAUUCAAUUACGUCAUCACGUAUGAAGUCAACACUGGAAGUCCUCAGUCGAGGUUUAUCGGAAUGGAUUGUAGCGUUGGGAGUCAUGAGUCUGGCGAGCAGAACUCAACAAGAGGGCCUUCUCAGUUUCAUUUCGGAAGGACCGCUCGUUGCACAAAAAAUGUUAAGGAUGUUGUUGUUGACAGAAAUGUGAUGAUUCGUGGUGAUCGUGUUUGUGGUAUGAAUGGGCACUGUGCAAUCCGGAGCGACGCCAAACAAUGCGUUGAUCUGGUUAGCCAUCUAAAACUGGAAAGAAACCAUAGUAUUAAAAGAAGUGUCCAGUUUCAUGAGGAACCUUCUGGAGUCGUCGCCAAUGGCGUCACCGCGCUUGAGGACUUGCCGUUAGCAGACCAAGUCUCUUCUGCAGUCAGCAACUUGCUCUUGACCAGAGGAAGCCUCACCUCUACGCCCAGUCAGUGUGGGAAUUGUUUCAGUGAUGGAGACGAUACGGAGGACGAAUCCUCACUGGAGGAACAGUUUUCAGAUCGCCAACCACCGGACGGCGGUUGGGGUUGGGUCGUGGUGGUUGCUGCUUUCGUCACGAACCUAAUCGCCGACGGUGUGACAUUUACAUUUGGAAUCAUCUACGUGGAUCUGUUACGUUAUUUCGGGGAGGGGAAAAGUAAAACUGCGUGGAUUGGUGGACUCUUCAUGUCGAUGCCGUUAAUAUCAGGCCCAAUCGCUAGCUACCUAACGGAUCGUUUCGGAUGUAGACGCGUCUGCAUGUUUGGAUCGGUACUUUCCGCGUUUGGAUUCGUUAUUAGCUCGUAUGCGGAAUCCAUAGAGCUACUGAUAUUUACUUUCGGCAUCGUGUCUGGUUUCGGCUUGGCGCUGUGCUACGUCACUGCCGUGGUUAUUGUUGCGUAUUAUUUUGAGAAACGCCGUUCCCUAGCAACGGGCCUGUCCGUGUGUGGCAGUGGUAUAGGCACGUUCCUAUUCGCGCCACUGACAACGUUCCUGGUCACGGAGUACGGGUGGAGGGGUACAACAUUGAUUCUUGCGGGACUGUUCCUCAACAUGGCUGUGUGUGGGGCGCUGAUGCGUGAUUUGGAGUGGACCAAAGAGAAGUCAAAAGCCCUGCGCAGAGACCGAUUACAGAAGAACAGAGAUAAGCGGAAAAGCAGAGCCUACAACCAGUCGCUGAAGACGGCUGUUUCCAGCUCGGCGCCACUUACUCAGAAAGAACAGCCCCAGAGGUUUCCUGACGCGGCGGAGUUCAAACGACUGCUUCAGACAGGAGAAGCUCAAGGCUGUAUGCUGGGAGACGUAUCAGGAAGAAAGACUGAAACAUCCAGAAUUGGAAUGGAAGAAGCAAAACGCCAGUGCAGUUCAGUGCUGAACUUGCCAACAUUCAUCUGUAAUGGUGAGAAGGUUCCUUUUGAAGUUUUGGAACGUCUGACUUCAGAUCAACUCUAUCCGAGCCUUCUGGCAGGAUCGCGAAGCUUCAGUGACAGCGGACGCCUCCAUGAAAACAAACAUUUUGCUGCCAAUCACACAGCGCCUCCGUCCCCUCUAGUCAUCAUUCCACAUCCGUCCCUCCGACGCGCGUCUUGUAUCGGUUACCAUGACAGAAAGGCGGACAAGGAGUUGCCCAAGAAUGCAACAACUGAAGAGGCAUAUUUGUGGUGGUUAAAGAAGAUUCAGGAUUGUCACCAUUGUCAUUAUCACCAUUCCAGCAGGAGAAACUCAGCCUCACACAGCAGAGACUUAAAAUUUCCUAGACAUUCUCUGACAUACCGUGGUGCAAUGUUGAACUUGAAAAGACACCGCCAGCGUGCUUCUUCGUGUCCAAAUAUCUAUCGGAGUCCCACAAACACAAUAUCCAGCAGUGAAGUUGAGUGGUUUGCUGGUUUCUAUGAUAUAUGGGACUUAAUGGUGGAUAUGGUGGAUGUUUCACACUUUGCCGACAUCCGCUUUGUGCUGUUUGCUGUUUCUAACUUCCUGCUGUACUCGUGGUACCACGUGCCAUACAUGUUUCUGGCUGAUAAGGCCGGUGAGAUGGGCUUCUCAGAAGAUGAGAGUUCCAACAUCAUCAGUUACCUCGGCAUCUUCAACACAGUUGGUGAGAUUGUGCUUGGUUGGGCUGGGGACCAGCCUCGGCUGAAUGCAAGUAUGAUUUAUGCCCUCUGCAUGGCUGUGUGUGGCAUGAUGACAGCAAUCAUGCCAUUUCUCACAUCCUACACUGGACUCUGCAUUGUAGCCGGAGGUUUUGGCCUGUCCAUUGCUGCGAACUACUCAAUGGCAUCUAUCAUUCUAGUGGAACUGAUCACACUGGAGCGAUUCACCAAUGCGUAUGGUCUGCUACUUCUUGUUCAGGGACUGGCUAAUCUUGUGGGGCCCCCUCUAGCAGGUUGGCUGUACGACACGUCAGGGAAGUAUGACCUGUCCUUCUAUCUGGCUGGACUCUUCAUCAUCCUGUGCGGUGCUCUUCUCGUGGUUUUGCCUGUCGUGAGAUGGACCAAGCGACGGACAGGAGCAAAUACUAAUAUAUUCAGCACAACAUCACUGAAAAGGAAUGGACUUCCACAGCAGAACAAUCUUAUUUGCAAAGAAGAUGGUGAUAUAAGAUCCACAAGCCUCCUCUCAGCUUGCAGUCAAGAAGGAAAUCCCGUGUGAGCAUCUGAUACAAGCAACAGUAAAUUCUGAUAAUGUGUACAAGUAAUUUUGUAUUUUCCAUAUCACAGCAUUGCUUACAAUCUUGAACACAUACAUAAAAACUUCAAAAGCAACUUUUGGCAUUGUGUUUAUGUGAAUGUUGGUAGUCAUGAGCUCGGCAAGUAACAAGCACUUUGAACUUGUUUACAUAGGCCAGAGAGGCUGAGAGGGGAAUAUAACAAUAAGCAGAAUGGGAAACAUGAAGUGCUGUCAUCCCCACCAUCCCUGGGACUUCUUUCCAUGGCCUCAGUAUAGCUGCAAAAGCAUCUUUAGGCAGAUUUUCUUGUCCACUUUCGGUCUCCAGACUUUUUAAGUGAAGUGUAUGGACACUAUAAUAUAUUAGUGCUUAAAACUUUUUAACAUUUUUUGGUCCUGUAAAACGUGAUUAAGAAUAAAAUGUCAUGGUUGGUGGUUAACACUCCUGCCUCAUAUUUGGGAGGUCCUGAGUUCAUAUUUCAGCCCAGAGAUCUCCUAUUCUCACUGAAGUCUAUUGUAACCCCCUCAAUCCCUCCAGGCAAAUACUGGGACAGUACUCCAAAUUAAGGCUAUAACCACUUCCUUUCCAGCUCAUUAUUUCAUUGAUAACCCCAUCACUCAGGACUGUGUACUUUGUGUUCUGACAGCAUCAUAAAAUAAAUCAUAAAUAUUACUGGAAGUGAAAGGCUCUCAUGAAAUUUUAACUGUAAAUUUAAAUAAGGACUUCAGUACUGUCUCUCAUUGCAAUCUAUUUAGCCAAAGCAAAACAAAUUUGCUUGAUUUUAGCAGUCAGAUGCUGGGACAGAUCCAUUAUUGAAACGUUAUUGUGUUCUUAACUUGUGUUGCUACCCUCAGUACUCCUUAACUCUUUGACUGGCGCGAAGGGUAUUUAAAUCCCACCCCUGUCCUGGCAGGCACUUUAAACCUUAUGUCGC